GAUCCAGCAGAGAAAACGAAAAAAGAAGUCCAGCUCCACAGCCAUUUCUGUCACACCCUGCAAGCUUUCGCAAAAAGUGUCCCACUUUUGCGCUCGAAAGUAAACGAAAACCUCACCAAAGUGUAGUUUAAGUGGCGUGCGUCGUGCUAAAAGUGGAUUUACCUGGAAUCGGUUCCGGGAUCGUGCGGAAAUCUCGCGUUGAAAAGUGGGUUUUCGGGGUAGCCAAGUUCUUCUUUUUCUUCUUGGGGUGGUGAGUGACUGCGGGUCCACACUCCAACAGCGCAGAAAUCCGUCGACCGUGGCACAAAGUGUGGCAGUGUGUUGGUGUUGACAAGGGAGAGACAGCCAGCAGCAGUAGGCGAGUUCAGUUGCAUCAACACAACGGAACUCCGACGGUGGUGACUCAUCUGUGACUCCUCUUCCGUGUGAGACAGCUCACGACUCCGACGACGGCGGCCGCCAUGGGAACCUUGGACUUUGGCCAGGUGGCCCUCAAGUGGGAUCCGAAAAAUUUGGAGAUCCGGACUAUGUCGGUGGAGAAGACGCUGGAGCCGCUGGUGCUGCAGGUCACGACCCUGGUCAACACGAAGGGUCCCAGCAAGAAGAAGAAGGGCAAAUCCAAGCGCGCCAGCGCUCUUGUUGCAGCCGUCGAGAAGGCUACCGACAUCUUCAUCGAGCGGGGCGAGCAGAUCGCGUACGAAAACCCGGACAUUACGCAGGAGAUGCUGUCGGCGGUUGACGAGGUGCGCAAGACCGGUUCGGCGAUGUCGAUCGCGGCACGCGAGUUCUCCGAAGAUCCGUGCAGUUCGCUGAAGCGCGGAAACAUGGUGCGUGCGGCGCGCAAUCUGCUCUCCGCCGUGACGCGGCUGCUCAUCCUGGCGGACAUGGUGGACGUGCACUUGCUGCUCAAGUCGCUGCACGUCGUCGAAGACGAUUUGGAUAAGCUGCGCAACGCGAGCUCGCAGGACGAGCUGAUGAACAACAUGCGCCAGUUUGGUCGCAACGCGAACGAGCUGAUCAAGCAGGCCGCAAAGCGCCAACAGGAACUUAAAGAUCCCCAGCUGCGGGACGAUUUGGCCGCGGCCCGUGCCGUGCUGAAGAAACAUUCCACGAUGCUGCUGACGGCGUCCAAGGUGUACGUGCGUCACCCGGAGCUCGAUCUGGCCAAGGUUAACCGUGACCACAUCCUGAAGCAGGUAUGCGAAGCGGUCAACACGAUCAGCGACGUGGCCCAGGGCAAGGCCACCUCGCCGCAGGACAUUUACGUGGGCGCCGGCGAGCUGGCCGCCGCUCUGGACGACUUUGACGAGGGCAUCAUCAUGGAUCCGCUGGCGUACAACGAAGUUCGCUCGCGACCCUCGCUCGAGGAACGGCUGGAGAGUAUCAUCAGUGCGGCGGCGCUGAUGGCCGACGCGGACUGUACGCGGGACGAGCGCCGCGAGCGGAUCGUGGCCGAGUGCAAUGCCGUUCGGCAGGCGCUGCAGGAUCUGCUGUCUGAGUACAUGUCCAACGUGAGUAGAACUACGAUGGGCACCAAGGAGCGCACGCCGGAGCUGGAGCGUGCCAUCGGCCAGAUGUACCGCAAAACGAAGGACCUGCGCCGGCAGCUGCGCAAGGCCGUCGUCGACCACGUGUCGGACUCGUUCCUGGAGACGAACAUGCCCCUGCUGGAUCUGAUCGAUGCGGCCCGUUCCGGCAACGAGAAGAAGGUCCACGAGCGGGCCGAAACGUUCACCAAGCACGCCGAGAAGCUCGUCGAGGUGGCCAAUCUGGUGUGCAGCAUGUCGAACAACGAGGACGGCGUCAAGAUGGUCCGUUACGCCGCCGCUCAGAUCGAAACGCUCUGUCCGCAGGUCAUCAACGCGGCGUUGAUUCUGUGCGCCCGCCCCAACUCGAAGGUCGCCCAGGAGAACAUGGAAGCGUACCGGCUGGCCUGGGAGAACCAGGUGCGGAUCCUGACAGAGGCCGUCGACGACAUCACCACGAUCGAUGACUUUCUGGCCGUUUCGGAGAACCACAUCCUCGAGGACGUCAACAAAUGCGUGCUGGCGCUGCAGGAAGGCGACGCGCUGGACCUGCGAAACACCGCCGGCGCCAUCCAGGGCCGGUCGGCGCGCGUCUGCAACGUCGUCGAGGCCGAGAUGGACAACUACGAGCCGUGCAUCUACACGAAGCGCGUCCUUGAGGCGGUCAAGGUGCUGCGCGACCAGGUCAUGUCCAAGUUUGCGCAGCGCGUUGACGUCGCCGUGGACGCGCUGUCCUCCAACUCGGCCAAGGACGUCGACGAGAACGACUUUAUCGACGCGAGCCGGCUGGUGUACGACGGAGUGCGUGAGAUUCGCCGCGCCGUGCUGAUGAACAGGAGCUCGGACGAGCUGGACACGGAUACGGAGUUUGAACCCGUUGAAGAUAUGACCGUAGAAACGAGAAGUAGAUCGAGUGCCCACACCGGCGAUCAGACCAUCGACGAGUAUCCGGACAUUAGUGGAAUCACAACGGCUAGGGAAGCGAUGCGAAAGAUGAACGAGGAGGACAAGCAGAAGAUCAUGCAGCAGGUCGAGCUGUUCCGGCGGGAGAAGCUCACGUUCGACUCGGAGGUGGCCAAGUGGGACGACACCGGCAACGACAUCAUCUACCUGGCCAAGCACAUGUGCAUGAUCAUGAUGGAGAUGACGGACUUUACGCGUGGACGCGGCCCCCUCAAGACUACCAUGGACGUGAUCAAUGCGGCGAAGAAGAUCUCCGAGGCGGGCACCAAGCUGGACAAGCUGACGCGCGAGAUCGCCGACCAGUGCCCGGAGAGCUCCACCAAGAAGGAUCUUCUGGCGUACCUGCAGCGCAUUGCGCUCUACUGCCACCAGAUCCAGAUCACCUCGAAGGUCAAGGCCGACGUGCAAAACAUCAGUGGUGAACUGAUCGUGUCAGGGGUAAUUCUCGACAGUGCCACCUCGCUCAUCCAGGCCGCUAAAAAUCUGAUGAACGCCGUGGUCUACACGGUUAAGUACUCUUACGUCGCCUCCACCAAAUACACCCGCCAGGGUACCGUCUCGGGCAGGAAUACCGCACUCCGGAAAAGGGUAUCGACGGACGUGUCGCUGGAGCUAGACGCCCUGCUUCGAAAGCAAGAACCCACGGAAGUGAAGAGAUCGCCGAUCGUGGUGUGGAAGAUGAAGGCCCCGGAGAAGAAGCCGCUGGUGCGCCCGGAGAAGCCGGAAGAGGUUCGCGCCAAGGUGAGGCGCGCCUCGCAGAAGAAAACUCAGAAUCCCGUACACGCUCUCUCGGAGUUCCAGAGCCCGACCGAUGCGGUCUAAGGGGACUAGGGGUCGGGGGCGAACUCCGCAAUAUUCCGACAAUUUAUGCUAUAAGAUCAUCCAAAAUCAUCAUCCUAAACAGAUUCCAAAAGUUGUCGAGGAAGGAAAGUCUAUUGCGUGCGCGAUUUGUUCCCGGAACAAAGCGGGAAGUGCGCAAACUUUUUUUUUAUCGGAAAAGCAGCAGAUCAGUCACAUGAGAGGGAAUUUAUUCCAAAUAAAUUUUUAUUUAUUUUUAUUGCGUAUAUUUUUUUAAUGCGACGAAACUGAACGGACUAAAAGCGAGCAGCACGCGAAAUAAAAAAAUAAAGUAUCGAUUAAAAUUAGGGUUGUGUAUUGAAAGAUUUGUGGAAUGAAAUAUUUGGAUCUUUAAAAACUCGAUUGGAGACAAAUUUUUAUAUUUUCAAAAAUAUUUUUCAUCGCGAGCUUAUAUUUAUUUUACACACUUUAUAUUGAGUAUAAGUUUUUUAUAUUCUCACGCAAAUAAAUGGUGUUAAUCAGUAUUCUAAAAAAAAAACAAAUAUAUUACAAGAAAAAAAACAAACAAAUAUUCACUGAUACAAAAUAAAGAGAAUCUUUCAAAUUGAAGCAUUUUAAUGUUAAAACUUGCCCGAAUUUAUCGCCAAAAUAACAGAGGAUAGACUACAUUUGAAUAAAGUUUCCAAAAAUUAGACAGAUAUAAAAAAAAAAACAAAA